GGAGGAAAAGGUCUCGGGAAAGGCGCAUCCAUCAUGUCAGGCAGAGGCAAAACCGGCGGAAAGGCCAGAGCGAAGGCAAAGACUCGCUCUUCCCGCGCUGGGCUCCAGUUCCCCGUCGGUCGUGUUCACAGGCUGCUGCGUAAAGGCAACUACGCACAUCGCGUUGGUGCCGGCGCCCCCGUCUACCUGGCGGCUGUGCUGGAGUACCUGACCGCUGAGAUCCUGGAGCUGGCUGGAAACGCCGCCCGCGACAACAAGAAGAGCCGUAUCAUCCCCCGCCACCUGCAGCUGGCCGUCCGCAACGACGAGGAGCUCAACAAACUCCUGGGCGGAGUGACCAUCGCUCAGGGCGGCGUGCUGCCCAACAUCCAGGCUGUUCUGUUGCCCAAGAAGACCGAGAAGGCCCCCAAGUCCAAGUAA